CAGCAGCUGUGUGUCUGUGUCUUUUACAAACACACUUGUUGGACGGCGGUUGAUGCUGCGUUACAGAGGAGAAGAAGAAGAAGAAGAAGAAGAAGUGUCCAUCAUGUCGUCCUUCGUCCCGGAGCUGGGUCUGUCUCCUCCCCUUUGUGGACCUUCCCUUCAACAGCAGGAGCCCCCUUCUCUGGGCAUCGACCCGUCUGACUUCAGCCUGUACAGCCCCCCCCCUCCUCCAGAGUCACCGUGGCUCCCAGCAUGCAACAGCCACAGUGACCCCUACCCCUGCCUCAGCAGCCCGCACACGGGGCCCCUCCCCGGGGCCACGGCCCUUCCAGGACUCUCCCAAGCUUUUGGAAGCUUCCUCCCCCACCUCUACAGCCUCUAUCGGCCCAUGUCCUCCAUCAACCCCUGGCUCUCCCUCUCCUCCCCGGACGAUGUUCUGCGCCUAGUUCGCCCGCCCUAUUCCUACUCCGCCCUCAUUGCCAUGGCGAUCCAGAGUGCCCCGGAGCAGCGGCUGACGCUCAGCCAGAUCUACCAGUACGUCUCCGACAACUUCCCCUUCUACAGCCGCAACAAAGCCGGCUGGCAGAACUCCAUCCGCCACAACCUGUCGCUCAACGACUGUUUCCGGAAGAUUCCACGAGACGAGAACGAGCCAGGUAAAGGAAACUAUUGGACUUUGGACCCAAACUGUGAGAAAAUGUUUGACAACGGAAACUUUCGCCGUAAGAGGAAGAGGAAGAUGGAGAAUGAGACGUCUGAGAAGAAGAAACCCUCCUCCUCCUCUUCCUCCUCCUCCUCAUCCUCAGAGCUGAGCUCUGACCUCCCUUCUCCUUCUGACGUCACCUCUGGCCUCAACAACUUCCUGUGCCACCUCCAGGACUCCCCCCUCCUCACCCCUCCUCACACGCAGGUCCCGGACCUCGCCUCCCUCCCCCCUCCCCCUCCUCAGGGUUACGUUGCUGUGGUUCCUCAGUGGGACAACACCUCCUCUCCUUCCCUCUUCUCCUCUCUCCAUCACUCUCCCCCUCCUCCUCCGCUCUUCCAGUCCAUCCCCUCACACUUCUCCACCCCCCUUGCUGACCCGAUGGACGGCUCCCCGCCGCUCUACGUUAACCUGCAGACAUCGGUCUGUCCUGUGCCAGAGUUCCAGGGGCCCCAGCAGCUCCAGGGGCCCCCAUGUGAGCAUCUGUUCUCUGGAGGCUUCACUGACGCUCUGCCCCUCGACUCUCAUGUGUUUACACUGUAAAAUGUGUCUGAAUGUUUCUAUUUAUGUUUUCUAAUAUUUCAU